GCACCGGGUUUAAACCCGGUGCUUUGGUAAAAACCCAAUAAACACCCAUAAACUCCCAUAAUCACCCAAAAAAAUAGGUUUUUACGUAUUUUUUUGAAAAUAUGUAAGUAAUACCAAUAAAUUAUUUUUAUAAAUUGUAUUGAUCAAUUCUACAAUAUUAAAUAAAACGUUAACUAAUAAUAUUUCAGGAAAUUUUAAAAAUCUAUAUAUAAUAAAAUGAAAGUAAUUAAUUUUCAGUGUUUUCAUGUUGCAGUUGAUCAACAUGUUGGCCUUUUGCUUCCCGUAGAUACUUUAAAAUUUCUUCAUAACACCUCGUUCGCACACAUGGCCGUAUAUAUUUAAAUUCUUGAGCCACUAACAGUCCGAAAUACUCAUUUCUUUUAUCCUCUUCUCCAUAAAUUAAGCAUUUAGAACAGUUUGUUUCUUCUUUCAGUAAAUUUUCUUUUACUUUAUCCUCGUUUUUUUUCUUGGUUGCGACGACGCUGGGUAAAUCAUCUGGACACUGGGUCUCACUAUCGCCAAAUAUAUUUGGAGAUCGGCUUCGGCUACGGCUUGGCAGACAUUUUUUUCUUUCUACAAUUUUAAAUUAAAUUUAUUAGAAUAAAUGCUUCGAACACACGCGAUCUAAGUACCUUUUGUGUUUAUUAUACCUUACCUACCUAGGUAUAAAAAGAGUACUUACGUAGAUUUUCUUUUAUUAACUGUUUUAUACGAAGAUCUUGAUCUCUCAAAUUAGCAUCCAUUUUACUUCCAGUGAUUAUCAACUAAAUUAAUAAUCCACAAAGUAUUAAAUAACGUUUUUAUGAAAUAUUUAGCACAAAAACAAUACCCUUUAAAUAUCGAUCGUCAGUAACUGUGGCUGACUUACCUAUAUUCUAGCAAGCAGGACUGCCAGAUGUGAAGGGGAAAUCCCCAAUAAAUUGUUGCAUGUGACUGAUGAUGUGAGCAUGUUCGUUUCAUAAUAAAAAUGUUGCCAGGUAACCAAAAAGUCGUAUGUUUUUGUGCGAAUUACGAUCAUAAUCUUUACGAUCGUACAUUAAAAAAUAGACAAAUAAUAGUAUGAGUACGAUUUAAAUCGUAUAUCUGUCAACCCUGCUAGCAAGACAGCGACAAAAUCACGUUGCAUAACAAUGUAGCCCAAGCUUAUAUCUUAUGAAAUAUACGGAAGAGAUACGGACUUAGAAAAAACAGAAAUGUUGUUCUUUGUGGAAGUCAUUGAUGAAAUUCUAUGUAUUUUAGCCCGCAAACUUUCUUCAAACAAAAACAGCGCCAUCUAGUAUCGAGUUCUGUAAUUAUCUCUUUGUUUAUGGAUUUGAAGUAAGACCGCCACGCAUGCAAUACAUUAUGACUGGGGAUUCCCCUAUUCGUCGACGCUGAAUAUGAGGCGACGACAAUCACUGUCAAACGUGUUCACUAUUACUCUGACUCUGGUAACGUGACUUCCUGGUAACGUGUUAGGUAGGAAAAGCAGUAAAAAAGUGCAUAUUAAGGGAGCAGAUUUGAAAUAAUAUUUAUACUUAACAAGAAAUAAUUAAAGGUUCAAUGGGGAGACCUAAAGAUUUACGCAUAUGGGAGCACUACCGUACUUUACCAAACAAGUCUGUUUCUUGCAAGCUUUGUAAUAAGGUCUACAAAUUCAGUAAUGCUGCCAAAAUGCUUCAACAUCUUAUCACUUGUCCAAAAUCUCCAGAAACAUUAAAAGACUCUAUGAAACUUAUAAAAGAUAGCUCGUCCAAAACCAAAAUGUCUGGACUGUCAGAGAUAGAGACAAAUGAUUCUUUUAUAAGCCCCUCGUCGUCUGCUAACACUACAAUAAAUGCUGAGUUUCAAGACACCGAUGAUCAUAUAAAAACAGAAUUAGCGAGAGCUAUAUUUGUAACAGGGACGCCAUUAUCGAUGGUGCAACAUCCUUUAUGGAUACAAUUUUUCGAAAAAUUGCAACCAAAAUUUAAAAUACCUUCACGUAAAGCUUUAGCGACAAAAUACUUAGAUAAAAUAUAUAGAGAAAUGCGUUUUGAGUUAAAUGAGGAACUAAAUGCUUGUAGUUACUUACACCUUCAGUGCGAUGGCUGGUCUAAUUUAAGAAAUGAAGGAAUAAUAAACUUUCUUAUAUCAAAACCUCAACCUGCAUACGUUAAAAGUUUGAAUACAGAAAGUAAUCCUCACACUAGUGAAUACCUUAGCCAAGAAGUUGAAAAAGUAAUGAAAGUGUAUGGAGCAAAUAAGUUUCUUGUACUUAUUGGCGAUAACGCUAGAAAUAUACAAAAGGCAUUCGAAUUAACAAAACUCAAAUAUCCACAUGUUGUUCCUCUCGGUUGCUGUGCACAUAUCCUUAACUUGUUGUGCCAAGAUAUUGUAAAGAUACAAGAAGUAACUGUGUUUAUUAUGCAAGCCAUAAAUAUAAUAAAAACUGUUAAAAGGAGUCAACGAUUAAGUUCCUUGUUGAUAAAAUCAAGGCAGGGUGAAGAUUCUACACAAACACUAAAAUUGCCUUGUGCUACAAGAUGGGGAAGUCAUGUUACUUCGUUAAAAAGUUUGAAAGCAAAUAAGAUAGCUUUGCAAAUAUUAACAGUUAGAGAAGAUGUGGUAAUUUCAAGAGAUAUUAAAGAUUUAAUUCUAAGUGAUGAUUUCUGGACGAAGACAGGGGAAUGUAUAAGUAUUUUGGAACCAGUCACUGAAAGCAUAUUUUACUUAGAGAGCGACCAGAAUCGUUUGCAUCGCACAUACAUUACAUUUAGAGAUGUACAAGCUAAGAUACGUUUUGCAUUAAAUGAGAUUUCGACAUUGAGCGAAGAAAGCAAACAGCAGAUUCUAACAUCAGUAUCUUCAAGAUGCAAUAUGGCAAUGAGGCCAAUACAUUUUGCAGCAUAUAUUCUAGACCCCAGGACUCUAGGAGUCGAACUUACUCAAGAGGAAGAACUUAAGGGUAUGGAGUUUAUCUACAAUUUAAGCCAACACUUAAGUUUGUCAAAUGUAAUGGCAGAUUUGGCGUGUUAUAAAGCUAAAGAAAACUUUUGGGCCAGAGGAUUUGUAUGGAGCUCAUUAGAUAGCAUUGAGCCCCUAAUAUGGUGGAAAGGUAUUUGUGGUUCCACUGAGUUAAGCAAAGUAGCGAUUCGUAUUCUAUCAGCUCCCUGUACUUCGGCAGCCACUGAGCGUUCCUUUAGUAUCCAAGGCUACAUACAUAAUAACAAAAGAAAUCGACUUACAACUGAAAGAACUGAAAAAAUUUCAUUCAUUUGUUAUAACUGGAAUCUUAAACAUAAAGCUGAAUGCGAGGACAUUCAGUUUAAUGAAGAAAAUACCUUAGAAGCUUUCAUUGAGCAAGUAAAUGAACAUAACAGUUUAGACGAAAUAGAGCCUAUCGAACCUAUACAAUUCAUCGCUUGUAAUAACUCUGAAUCUGACAGUGAUUGACUGUAGUUUUACAUUUUACUUUCAUCUCUUUCUUAAUAAACUCAAAAUCAAAUUAAAAGUUUUUUAUUCUGUAGGCUGCAUAAUAAUAUUGUCUAUGUCCAGUAUAGUGGACGUCUUGCGGCUGAGAUGACGAUGAUGAAGUACAAAAUCAUAAACACCCAAAAAUUUGGGUGUUUAUGGGGUUUAAACCCAAUAAACCCAAAACACCCGGUUUUUACCCACCAGACUUUAAACCCACCCAGGUGGAUUGCCCAUCUC